AUCCGCAGCCUUCCUCCACCGGCUGCACCAGUCGCAUGUUGCCCGAUGACGGACGCGCACGGGAUAAAAAUUGUGUCUCCGACAGCGAUACGCUAUUCCGGGAGCAUAAUGUAUGCAUAGGAUAUCGCGAUAUCGCGAAGGGUAUCGAUGCAGACGAAUCAGUGUCGAUGAACGAGACGACGGAUGCUGCGACGAUAUAAUGGCAUCCAGAAAGCCGACAAAAUACGACGACUCGUAAAAUCACGAAAUGGAACUGCGUAAAAGCACUUGGAAGAUCUUAAUCCUCGUGUGCGCGUUGGCCAUCUACCUGUGGAUGCUCCUCGUCGAUCAUUCGCACAUGUUAGUUGACAUAUCGCAGAAGAUCACUCUGCAGAAAACACGGAUCUCCGUAUCAAUGAAAAAUGUUCUGUACCAAAGUCUCGAUCAAUCGAAGACCGAAGAUGUAUCUCUGGAUGAUGGAACAGAUUCGAAUUUGAAGAAACUGCAAUCGGCGUCACUCCAAAAUUCGAGUGACUCACUCAAAGGAAAGGUAUUGAAAUAUCAGACAUUCAAGCAACAAAAUCUGAUGCCAAGCCGACAAUUGCCGACCGCAUUGAUAAUUGGAGUGAAGAAAGGCGGAACGAGAGCCCUUUUGGAAUUCCUAAGAUUGCAUCCAGCAAUUCGUGCUGCCGGCUCAGAGGUCCAUUUCUUUGAUCACCAUUAUGUUAAAGGAUUCCGUUGGUACAGACGCAGAAUGCCCCCGACUCUAAUCGGUCAAAUCACCAUGGAAAAGACGCCGUCGUAUUUCGUGACGAGCGAGGUGCCGAAGAGGGUGAAGUACAUGAAUCCGGGGAUGAAACUAAUCGUCGUGGUGAGAGACCCCGUAACUCGAGCGAUCUCCGAUUACACGCAAGUAAAGAGCAAGCGUCGAAAAAUGCCGCGUUUCGAGGAUAUGGCUUUUUUGAAUGGAUCGAGUAUCGUGGACACUUCCUGGGUACCACUGAAAAUCGGAGUUUACGUACGGCAUCUGGAAAGAUGGUUGCAAUACUUCCCGCUGUCGCAAUUCUUGUUCGUAUCGGGCGAACGCCUGAUCGCCGAUCCGGUGAUGGAGAUCACCCGGGUGCAGGACUUCCUCGGUCUGAAGCGAGUGAUAUGCGAAAAACACUUCUACUUCAACGCUACCAAAGGCUUCCCUUGCUUGCUCAAGUCGGAGGAUCGUGCGACGCCGCACUGUCUUGGAAAGAACAAGGGACGUAGUCAUCCUUAUAUCGAUCCCAUGGCAAUUCAACGUUUACGAGAUUUUUAUCGGCCAUUCAAUCAGCGCUUCUAUCAACUGGCGGGUAUGGAUUUUGGUUGGUAUUAAAAAUUCACACGUAUAAUAUAU